GCGCGCGCGUGGGCGGAGCGGCGCGCGCCACGGUCAGCUGACUGUUCCGGCUGGCACGUGACUUGCUCUGUGGGUGCUGGGGUCGAGGAAGCCGUGAGGCCGGAGCUUAGGUCGGGGAGGGAUGGAGCGCUGAGCCGUUAACGUCUGCCAGGCUGUCUGCCUCCGUACCUGUUGCUGCUGCCACUUCCUCGUUUGUCAUCUUUCUGGAGUCUCUCUUGAUUUCUGAAGAAAUACCUGGUAACAAACAUGACUGAGUUCUGGCUUAUAUCUGCUCCUGGGGAGAAAACCUGCCAGCAAACAUGGGAGAAACUACAUGCUGCUACUACAAAGAACAAUAAUCUUGCUGUCACUUCCAAGUUCAACAUUCCCGACUUAAAGGUUGGCACACUGGAUGUCUUGGUUGGCUUGUCUGAUGAACUGGCUAAACUGGAUGCAUUUGUAGAAGGGGUGGUUAAGAAAGUGGCUCAAUACAUGGCUGAUGUACUAGAGGAUAGUAAAGAUAAGGUUCAAGAGAAUCUGUUAGCCAAUGGAGUUGACUUGGUUACUUAUAUAACAAGGUUCCAGUGGGAUAUGGCCAAAUAUCCAAUCAAGCAGUCCCUGAAAAAUAUUUCUGAAAUAAUUGCCAAGGGAGUAACUCAGAUUGAUAAUGACCUGAAAUCUCGAGCAUCUGCAUACAAUAACCUGAAAGGGAAUCUUCAGAAUUUGGAGCGAAAGAAUGCAGGAAGUUUGCUAACGAGAAGUCUGGCAGAAAUUGUGAAGAAGGAUGACUUUGUUCUUGAUUCAGAGUAUCUUGUCACAUUACUGGUCGUAGUUCCCAAGUUAAACCACAACGACUGGAUUAAGCGAUAUGAAACACUAGCUGAAAUGGUAGUUCCAAGGUCUAGCAAUGUUCUCUCAGAGGACCAAGACAGUUACCUUUGUAAUGUCACCUUAUUUAGGAAGGCCGUUGAUGACUUCAGACACAAAGCCAGGGAAAACAAAUUCAUCGUUCGUGACUUCCAGUAUAAUGAAGAGGAAAUGAGAGCAGAUAAAGAAGAAAUGAACAGGCUUUCUACUGACAAGAAAAAACAAUUUGGACCACUCGUGCGAUGGCUGAAAGUGAAUUUCAGUGAGGCAUUUAUUGCGUGGAUUCAUGUGAAAGCUUUAAGAGUUUUUGUUGAGUCUGUUUUAAGGUAUGGCUUGCCAGUGAACUUCCAAGCAAUGCUACUUCAACCCAAUAAGAAAACAAUGAAGAAACUGAGAGAAGUAUUAUAUGAAUUGUAUAAACAUCUAGACAGCAGUGCAGCAGCUAUUAUUGAUGCUCCUAUGGAUAUUCCAGGUUUAAACCUGAGUCAACAGGAAUAUUACCCGUAUGUGUACUACAAGAUUGAUUGCAACUUGCUGGAAUUCAAGUAAAAAUGAGCUCCUCCCCAGACAAUCCUGUCCUUGUGUUGGUGUAUGUAACAGAACUAGGUUGCAGUAUGGUAGUGCUUUUAACUCUCUCUUACCCUUUGCUUGCUUACCCCUUUUCCUAGGUUAGUUCUCCCAUAGUGGUCCAACAUUUUCUUUUUAAAGGAAAAUAUAUAUAUAUUGUUUUCUUUUUAUUGAUCAGGUCUGUAAAUGUGUACUAAAAAAAAAAAUCAGAGUUUAUUUAUAAACAGAAUAGUUUAUUUAAAGAAAAGGUCUUUUCCUUAUUGAUAUUGUGGUAUGCAUUAAUUCCAUUUGUUACUAUUGUGCACAAAAACCUUGUUUACAAGGGAAUGGUGUAAACAUUUAUACCAUUUUGUUCACUGUAUUUAGUAGACAUAACUGUUCAAUAGUUAUUGAAUUGUGAUGUAAAGAAAUGUGACAAUAUUCAGGUAUGUGCUUUUUGAAUGUUUCAAAUUACAAUCUAUGAGCACUGUUGACACCCACAGGAAAGAAUAAAAUUACCUGUGCAAAGGUGUAUUGUGGUGUGUGUAAGUUAAGAUUACAAUUCAGUUUGAGAGUUUAAUAAAUGGCAUCACAGCUAACUGCUGUGCUACUUUCAGGAUUUUGUUAUAUGCUGAGGUGUGACUGUUUGUGUCAUCUGACUUUCCUGUGAUUUAAUUGUGCCAAAUAUGGGUCAGAGCACAAAUUCAAAGAUUAUUUUUCAACUUAUGAUGAAUAUUUACAUUUGGACAGUAGACUUUUAGUUCUUUCAAAUAAUUAAGAAGUAGAGCCAGUUUUGAAUAAAGUGUAGCAAAACGAUG